AUCGCAAAUCUAUGUUUCGGAUUGUUGUGUGUAAUCUGUGGGUUGCCGUAUCUGAAAUGGUCUGGCUUUUAUUUGUUUAUAUAAGUGGCUGUCUUAAUUAGCUGCAGGAAAUUAUUUUUCCUGUGCAGUUUAUUUCGUACACUUGGCCUUAUUUAUACGCUAGAUGUUUAUGGAGAGCAGAUUGAGAAAUAUGCGCUUUCCACCCUGCUGUGCCAAAUGUGGGAGUGGAGCGAGUCCAAAGAGAUUAAUUAUCUUAUUGUUGUGAAAGUAAAGUAAAGUGCAAAUAUGUCUGCUGUUCGUGGACCUGGUCUAUAUGAAUUUCUUAUAGAAGCAGAACUUCAACAGUAUUAUGCUGGAAUUAAGAAUGACUUGAAGGUUCAGAAUGUACCACAGCUAAAGUAUGUUACUGAAGAUGACCUCCAUACCAUUGGAAUGUCAAAGCCAGAAAUGCGGAGGUUAAAAAAGUACUUCCAAAAACAUUUCCCACAGAAUUAUUUAUCUAAGUUUAAAAAGAUGAUCUUGCUUCGAAAGGAAGAGCAGGUAGCUGCAUUACCCACAUUACCAGAUGAAUUAAUGGACAAACCUCCAAUAAAAGUACCUAAUAAACACAUCAUACCAGCAGAAGCAAUCAUUGUAAACAAGGAGCUUGGAACAGGGGAGUUUGGAGUUGUGCAACAGGGAGUGUGGACAAAUGAUGGAGAGAGGAUCCAAGUGGCUAUCAAAUGUUUGAGCCGCGAGCGAAUGCAGAACAAUCCGAUUGAGUUCCUGAAAGAGGCAGCGAUCAUGCAUGCUAUUGAUCAUGAACAUAUUGUACGACUGUAUGGAGUAGUUCUGGAUACAAAUGCCCUCAUGCUGGUGACUGAAUUGGCUCCCCUCCGCUCACUUUUGGAGUGCUUGAAGGAACCGUCCCUCCGGACCAGCUUUCCAAUUCUCUCACUUUGUGAUUUUGCCAUCCAAAUAUGUGAUGGUAUGCUGUAUUUGGAGGUGAAAAGACUGAUUCACAGGGAUCUAGCUGCAAGAAACAUUCUUGUCUUUUCAAAGAACAAAGUUAAAAUUUCUGACUUUGGACUGUCACGAGCUCUAGGAGUGGGAAAAGAUUAUUAUCAGACCAAUUUCAAUGUUAAUCUGAAGCUUCCCAUAGCUUGGUGUGCACCUGAGUGUAUAAGUUACCUGCGCUUCACAUCAGCAUCAGAUGUUUGGGCAUAUGGAGUGACACUUUGGGAGAUGUUUAGUUAUGGGUUCCAACCAUGGGCUGCACUCACUGGACAUCAGAUUUUAGAAGCUAUUGAUGAACCUAACUUCCAGAGGCUAGAACAACCAGAAUGCUGCCCAAAAGAAUAUUUUACUCUCAUGCUGAAAUGUUGGCAGCAUGAUCCUAACAAGCGCCCAAGGUUUGCAGAUCUCAUCAACAUAUUACCAGAGUGCAAACCAGAGCAAGUGCAAGCAGUUCAAGAAUAUGGAGAUGACCCACUAAAAGUAAAGCAGCGUGAGCAGUUGGUUUACAGAGUUGGGGAUGUGAUCACCGUGCUUGACAAAGGACCAUUCCAAAAUGUGAACAGCUUGUGGAAAGGUGUUCUGAACAAUGGGAAGACUGGGCUGUUCAAUCCUGCAUACACAGUUGCAUACUUGGGUUCCAAUUUACCAUCAAAUAAGACUGAGUUCAUCAGAGGCGAUGGAAAAAAUGCAUAUUCUUCUCGUCGUCGUUUGCGUCCUGACAUGAUUUCAUCUCCACAGGGAGAUUUCAAACACACAAGCCAUGUUGGAUUAGAUGGUGCUUACUUUGGGGAUAUUUCUUUCCUUGGAGGCAAGUAUCAUCAUCUACCUCGUCAAGUUGUGACACCAUACAAGCCACAGGAUGACUCUGAACAUCUUGCGCUCGGAAAAUCUGUUUCAGAUGCUUCUUCUGAUCGUGCACCACUUCUCAUGGGAACAGAACCCACCAAGCUCCCACUGCCUGUUGCUGCAGCAUGGUCUGACACUGCCAGUGAGACGAGUUUGUCACAGACAGCAACAGGAGGAAGUAGCAGAGUUGGAGGACCCAAGUUUCUGCUCGAUCAUGAAUACCAUGAGAUAAGUGAUGAGGAGGGAACUGCUGAAAGUCCUCGGUUUGAAAAAUCAUUUGACUUUGGUCCAAGUUUACUAGAUGAAAUGGAUGCAGUGUUUAGAUCUUUUGGAGAACCCCCAUUUCCACCACCACCUUCUCCAGGACUUCCGCCUUCACCAGCCUCACCUCUUGAUGAGACUAUCAAUGUUCGUAACGAGCUACGUGAGAUGGCAGAAAAAGUCACUGGGAAAAAGAAGCAGGCUACAGUGAAACCAAUUUCUGCUGUAGAUGAGCGAACUUUAGAGGGUGCAAUUGCAAUGGCUAAUGAGCUGGCAGCACGUUCAAGGAAUAAUUUGGACAAUGGAACCCCACCAGAGAGCCCACACACGCCUGGUACUCCUGGCAAGCGCAAAUUCUCAUUUCGGUUCCCUACUGCUGGUACUGAUAAACAUCCUAGCCCACGUGCAGAACGGAAGACAUUUUCUGAGGAGGCUGCUUCUAUUCCUGAUAUACAAUCUUCACUGAGUGCCGAAGCAAAGGAAGUGUACAGCAGCCUUGUGGAGCAACCACUUCCUUCCCCUUCCAUUCACCCUAACUCUCCUUCCCUUGAUACAAAUCCUCUGCGCAUGCUCCGUUCUGGAGCAUUCCCUGUUGUACGACCCAGGGUUCGAGGUAACAAACACAACAAUGGAAAUCAGCCACAACAGCAGCACCAGCCUAGUGAUCCAUUGCCAUCAGCAACUACCAGUUCCAGAAAUUUACCAAGGCUAAGAGUACCACCACCACCUUUAACGGCACCUCCCCCGAUACCUACAGAAGCUCCUUGUUCAUUUAUAAGUGCACCUAUGCCACUUUCAAAAAAUCUGUCUACCAAAGUCGUUAACUCAGACCCUAAAGAUUGUUCAGCUAUUGAAGAAGUGAGUGACACAAAUGGUGGUCAUCAUUUGAGUACCAUAGGUACUUCCAAAAAUCAUCAAAAUAUCCAUGAAUCAUCUGUAAGUUCAGAGGUUUCUGAAGAUAUUGGGGUUACUGGUGUCGAUAAUGCUGGUGAAGAAGAAGGAGAAAUUAUGGAGGGGAAUCCAAUUCCACUUCCUCCACGUGACAGAUCACGUCCAUUGCCUCCAACAAAGCCACGACAUCAGCGUAAACACCCACUUAUAAUACCAGGAGGUGGAAUUACACGGACACUAGCCAAGAUGACCGACACAGAGACAGGAGUUACAGCUAUAGAAGAAGUAACACAACAAUACUUAGGACUGCAAACAGAACCUAAAAUUAUGUUGGAAGCAUCAGAAGAAGAUACCUCAGAUAAAGCUAAAUCACCACCUAGAACUUCCAGCCUUGAUGACAGCUUUGAACAACAUAUUGCCUGCGAGUUGGCAGCACUGGAUGAUAUCCCUGUAGAUGCAGGAUGUAGUACAGGGAGUGAGAUGGUACGUCACAGCGAUCAUGUUUCUUGUGAAGAUCUGCUUGAGUUUGCAUGUGAUACACCAAAUGCUCGGCGAACUCAGGGCAAGGCCAGAGGAGUGGAUUCUGAUGAAGUCCGUAUCAUGGGGAAGGUGUUGGGAUCUGAGGUAUCAGCUGAAUGCUGUGUUGCUGCACUUAAUGUCUCAAACUGGAAUAUUCAUCAAGCCAUCAAAGUGGCACGUUUACACGACCUCCUGCAAGCCACUGCUGAUAAUGUAGACGUCAACAUAGACUUCAUAGCGUGCAACGAAGCUCUGGAGGCUUGCAACUGGGAUGUAGCUCAGGCAGCAAGCUGGGUGCUGGCCCAGGAGCAAGGAGACACCACCCAAGUCUGAAUGUAUAGUUUGUUUGUAUGAGGUUUGAUGGAAAUGUUCCAGAAUUGAAUUUUUUGUAAAAUGAAUGAUAUAGUAGUGUAUAUUGAUCAAGGGAAAUAGUUGGCAAGUCUUGCAGAAUUUACCCCUCUGGUUGAAGCAAGCUGCUAUGUUUUGUGCAGUUGUAUUUAUUGAACAUGUCUUGUGACAUGAAAAAAUAUGUGCUUCAGAUUAUAUAUGAAACUUUUAUGACAGGCACAGAAACUUCUUGGUUGACAGAAUUGUAUUUCUAAAUGAAACUCACAUGUAUGAAGUUGCUGCAGAAAUUGGUGUCUGUUGUUUGCAAGUCGAGGUGUGGGUAUGAGGAGAGACUUCGCACAGUUUAUUCUACAGACCACGAUGAUGCAUCAGCUUAUUCAGCACUCAGCAUAAGGAAAUUGGUAAUUUGUAGUCAAACAUUACACUGAUCCCCUGUUGACUGAAUUUGUCAGGUUUGGCACAAAGUGUCUUUUCUGUUCCUCAAAAAUAGCACUUUUAAGAGAGAAUAUUCUGAAAAACCUGGAAAUCACGCAAAGUACGGUCCAUGGAUUGAAGAACAUUCUGAAAAGAGAAUACAAGAAGUGCUUCAAUAAAUAUCAGCACUACUGAAAUGAUUGUUUACAUUCACCAUGAGACUAUUUGAAGUGGCAUUCAGUAACUCCCAUGUACUUUAAUUUUUCCCCAGAAAAUCAGUUCUGGAACAGUUUGAUCAACCUGAGAAUCUCUCAGUACAGUAUUUGUUAGAAGUGUUGGUGAUCUUAAAUGAAUAUUGAUCAGGUUUAGAAUGGCUGGUUGAUUGAUUCUUGAAUUAUGCACCAUUGGAUGGUGGAAUUGUUAUAUAAAUGAUGAAUUGGAAAGGAUGUGGAAGGAAGCAGCCAUGGCCUAUACCAACAUUUGCCUAAAGGAUCCUGAGAAAACCAUGAAAAACCUCAGAUUAGCCAUUCACUGGGCUCAGAUUCCAGCCCACAUACUCUGGAAUAUGAAAUAGUAGUUAUAAUCACUUGACAUAAUUUUCACUGGUUAGGUUUUGCUGUGUGGUAAUGUGUGGCAUCGUUAAAUAACUGCCAAACUGUGAGUGGAACGUUUUGCAUUUUCAGGAUCCAAAUCUAGCUACAAAGAUUGUGUGCAUUUCUUACAUUGUUUGUUCCAUAAUUAAAUAAUUUAUGAGUAGAUGUGAAAUUUUGCUUGAAAGAAAUUUAUUUAUUAGCCAUUUUAAAUGUCAUUUCACUGAAAGGAAUUGGGCAAUGCAUAAACAACAUGACAAGAAUUUAUAUGUUAUAUUUGAAUUUUAUGGGAUGAAAUACAUAUUUUAUUUUAUAUUUCCAAUUACAUUUUGUUAUAAAAUUAAGAAUAUAAAUGAAAAAUAAUGAAGAGAGUUCUAAUUUGUGACCAAAGAUUUGAUCGCUGGUUUUGGUAGUGUUACCGUAAAGACCAUCCCACAGUUAAGUAAUCAAAAUUGAUAACUUUGUAUGCUUCCAAUUUUUAUUGUAAAAAUAUUUUGAGAUUUAAGAGUUAGUAUCCUUGCACUUAAAUAUUGUCUGAAAUUGAAGUGGUUUGGUAUAUAGGACCACUAACAUAGUAAUGUUGAUUUAGUAAUAAUCAAAACAUUUGAAUUGUGUGUACCUAUUAUCUGUGCAAAAUAGUGUUUUAGGGGAAAGUAGUAUGAGGAUGUGCCUCUGUCUUGGUCAUUUGCAAUUCUGUUAGGAUAUAUAUUACAUAGGAACAGGCUUUCAAAGGUACUGAUGUGUGGUAGGUGUAUUUGAAGUAAAUGCAGAGGUUCAUGUGAUUACACUUUGCUAAUUGCUAAUAAUAAUUUGGGAACAUAAAACACGAAGUGUUGAUACUUAUUCAUAUUCAUCCUACCAUUUA